GUUCCUGGGUGGAGCUGCAGAUGAACGGCAACGGCAACAGCAACGACAAUGGCAACGGCAAGAACGGGGGCCUGGAGCACGUCCCGUCCUCCUCCUCCAUCCACAAUGGAGACAUGGAAAAAAUCCUCCUGGAUGCCCAGCACGAGUCAGGACAGAGCAGUUCAAGAGGUAGUUCCCACUGUGACAGCCCGUCACCUCAAGAUGAUGGACAGAUAACUUUUGAUGUGGAAAUGCACACAAGUAAAGACAGUAGUUCUCAGUCCGAAGAAGAAGCAGUAGAAGGAGAGAAAGAAUUGGAAGUUUUGAAGAAAAGUGCAGACUGGGUGUCAGACUGGUCAAGUAGGCCUGAAAACAUUCCUCCCAAGGAAUUCCAUUUCAGACAUCCUAAACGUUCAGUGUCUCUAAGUAUGAGAAAAAGUGGAGCAAUGAAAAAAGGUGGCAUUUUCUCUGCAGAAUUUCUUAAGGUUUUCAUUCCAUCUCUGUUCAUAUCUCAUGUUUUGGCUCUGGGACUAGGCAUCUACAUUGGGAAGCGCCUGACCACACCUUCAGCCAGCACUUAUUGAAUCAUGGAGAGCAAACCUGGACCCCACGUGACCUGUGAAGGUGUUACUGUCUCAUUUAGUACAUUUGACUUGAGACCAUUCUAAGCAUGACCCUGACUUCACCCUUUCCUUCCAUAUCCAGGUUUUUGCUAACUCUGGAAUUCAGUAUUGUGUUGGAACUCUGUUGAGGUGUUUGGCUAUCCACAUUCUUUCCCUCUCUCCCAUUCCCCUGCCUCUUGGCCUGCAAGACACGUCAGAGUUGCUGGAUGGAGUUUACAACUGUCUCAAUGUUGCAAGGGCUUCUCUCAAUGCAAAAUGCCACCAGCAAGUUUAAUUUUAUCAGUGAUGCUGUUGCCUCCUUAGUGCAACCUGACCUCGGUUGCAGCUGUGCAUGGUCUAAGUGUUGACUGCAUGGUGGUGAUAAAAGUCUCUUUGGAAGGAAAUUACUGAUUGGAGUGGAAAAGAGUUUUUCUUCUGUAAAAAAAGAAGCUGGUUAUGGAAUAAACUAAGAAAUCACUGGCAAUAAAGAUCCAGUUUAAAUCA